AUGCAGCUGCUGUACGCAAGGCAGGUGAGCUGCAGAGGGGCAGCUGGCUUGUCCCUCUGCGCUGCGCAACGAACCGCAACCCUCGCCAGUCACACCCUGGGGACCUCGCGCCGGAGCCAACCGACUUCGGCCUCGCUGGCCCGACGCUGGUAUGCCGUCGACCUCAGGGCCUUGGACGGCAAGUGGCGGCAGGCAUGGAAAACCUCGGACGACGCGCCCCGGACGAGCGCGACCGAUGGGGCCAAGGACAAGUUUGUCCUGCCCAUGUUCCCGUACCCGUCUGGCACGCUCCACCUCGGCCACCUACGAGUCUACACCAUUGCGGACGUCGUCGCCCGAUACCACAGACUCAAGGGAGAGAAUGUGCUCUUGCCAAUGGGCUGGGAUGCUUUCGGCCUGCCUGCCGAAAACGCUGCCCUCGAGCGCGGCAUACCUCCAGACGAAUGGACCACGACCAACAUUGCCAAGAUGAAGGAGCAGAUGGCGCUGAUGAAUGGUAGCUGGAACUGGGAUCGCGAGCUGACGACAUGCGAUCCGAGUUUCUACAAACACACCCAAAAGCUGUUUCUGAUGCUGCACGAGCGCGGGCUCGCGUACCAGGAAGAGGCCGAGGUCAACUACGACCCCGUCGACAAGACCGUCCUCGCAAACGAGCAGGUCGAUGCCAACGGCUACUCUUGGAGGUCCGGCGCUAAGGUCGAGAAGAAGAAGCUCAAGCAGUGGUUCUUUCGCAUCUCCGAGUUUCGCGAGGCCCUCCUCAACGAUCUCGAGCAGCUGGCCAAGGACAAUGCCUGGCCCGAGCGCGUUCUGUCGCAGCAAAAGAAUUGGCUCGGCAAGUCUGCGGGAGCCGCCAUCAAGUUCCCCGUCAUGACGUUUGGCACAGACGUUGGCGCCGCCAUUGAGGUGUUCACCACGCGACCAGAUACGCUCUUCGGGGUCCAGUAUAUUGCUCUGUCGGCCUCACACCCGGUCGUCCAGCAGCUGGCAACAAGUGACGCUGAGCUCCAGGCAUUCCUCGACACCCUCCCCGGACUGCCCCCGGACUCCAAGCUCGGCUACAUGCUGCCCAAACUCCGGGCCAUCAACCCCCUCGCCUACCACGACGAGACUCCGGACGCGACAAAAGCUUCAAUCCCCAUUUAUGUUGCACCUUAUGUCCUUGGCGACUACGGUGAAGGUGCCGUCAUGGGCGUACCGGGACACGACGUGCGGGACCAUUCCUUCUGGAAAACACAUCACGCCGAAGAGCCCGUGCGGUUCGUCCUGACCGCGUCAGAGGACGAGUCGACCACGGCUCUGGACAAGGGGCCGUUUGUCGAGCACGGCUUCAUGACCGAGCACAGCGGCUUGUUCAAGGGCAAGCCGUCUGCGCAGGCUGGGGAGAUGAUUGUUCGCAUUCUCGAGGCAUCGGAACUUGCCAAGCCUGUCGAGAAAUGGCGCCUCAGGGAUUGGCUCAUCAGCCGCCAGAGGUACUGGGGGGCACCGAUUCCCAUUGUCCACUGUGACUCUUGCGGCGCCGUGCCGGUCCCUGAUGAGGAGCUGCCUGUCAAGCUGCCCGAGGUGGACCAGUAUUGGGCCGACGGGAAAACAGGCAAUGCGCUGGAGUCGUCUCCCGACUUUGUCAACACGACCUGCCCCAGCUGCAAGGGCCCUGCUCGCAGGGACACUGACACCAUGGACACGUUUGUCGACUCCAGCUGGUACUACGCCAGGUUCGCCGAUCCUCAGAAUGCCGGGCAGCUGUUUUCGCCAGACGCCGGCAAACAUCUCCCGGUCGACAUUUACAUUGGCGGCAUUGAGCAUGCGAUCCUCCACCUCCUGUACGCCCGCUUCAUCUACAAGUUUCUUGCCUCUACGCCACUGCUGCCGCAGUACACGGACGAUGCGAGCUUGUCGGCGGAGCCUUUCAAGCGCCUGAUCACGCAGGGCAUGGUGCAUGGCAGAACGUACAUAAACCCGGAGAACGGCAAGUUCUUGAAGCCGGAUGAGGUCGAUCUGUCCGACGCCGCGGCACCCAAGGUUGUUGCCACAGGGGCGCCGGCCACAGUUGCGUACGAAAAGAUGUCCAAGUCCAAGCACAAUGGCGUGGACCCGACCGACUUUAUCUCGCGAUACGGCGCGGAUGCCACGCGGGCUCAUAUGCUCUUCCAAGCCCCCGUUGGCGACGUGCUCAACUGGGACGAAGCCAAGAUCACUGGCGUUACGCGGUGGCUACAGCGGCUACACGACCAUGUGGCUGCGGCGGCCAGCCUACCCGAGGAGUCCAUGUCCGCAAAGAGCUAUCUGGAGGCCAAGUUUGCAACCAUCGGCUCCAUGGACUCGAAGGCUCUGAGCCAGUGGGACGCCGAGGUGACGUUGUGGCGCCAAGUGCAGCAGACCAUUGAGUCUGUACGACGUUCGUACGAGGACAUUUACUCCUUGAACACGAUCAUUUCGGACCUCAUGAGUCUCACGAAUGCGCUGAGCAGCAGCGACGCAGCUGGUGCCGUCAUCAAGCGCGAGGCUGCCGGUGUGCUGGCUCGGCUGGCGGCGCCGGCCACGCCCGCGUUCGCGGAGGAGUGCUGGAGCAUGCUGCAUCCGUCCGCGGGCUCCAUCUUCAAGACGGCGUCGUUCCCCGUCGAGGACGGCACGCUCGCAACGGCCAUGCUGCAGCCCCGACAGCAGGAGUGUGCCGUGCAGAUCAACGGCAAGAUGCGCGGCGUCGUGGAAAUUCCACCGCCGCCGGCCGGCCUGCAGGCGGACGCGCUGCGGGACUGGAUGGUGAGCGCGAUCCUCGAGACGCAGCUGGGCAGGGAGAGGUUUGGCGAGGGCAAGUACGACUUGAGCAAGGCCAAGAGGGCGAUUCCCGUCAGGGGCGGCAAGGUCAUCAACUUUGUCAUGUAG